UUAGGGGCGGGGGGCCCGAGCAUGAGGUAAUGGUGCUGAGAGGAGGGGGAGAGGAGUCAGGAACGAGUGUGCUGGAAACGCUGCGUUCCUGGGGAGCUGGUGGUGCUGCGGCUUCUACUCCCAAACCUUGCUAAGGCAGGGAAGUUGUAGCGGGUGAGGCUGCGGGUUGCCUUAGGCAGGCGUGAAGUCCCCUGGCCGUGCAAUGGGUUAUUGUUUCUCAGUUGUCGAAAGGGGGCAUCGCGUUGGGUGGGGGCUUGGAUCUCUCCUGCUUUGCCGAGAAAACCCCACUCACCCGGAUUCCUCGUAGAAAGCAGACAGACAGAAAAGCAACAGGGAGGUGGAGCUGGACUGGAGCGAUUGCUGCAUCUAGUGCACAGGGAGGAGGGGGAGGAGGGAGGGAAACUAGAGCAUGAAAUUCCGAGAAGGGUUUGCUGCUCCGAAGGAUCCCCCGUGCAACUGCAGAGAGAAAAAGAGGAGUAGGAGGAGAUGCAACUGGUGUAACUGAGUCACCCUCCUUUUGCCGUAGAGACACGGAGAAAUUCCCCUCGGAGCCACUUCACAGAGCAUAUGACGGAACCUGCUUUUCCAGCUCGCUGAGUGGAUGGGUCCUUGUUAUUUUUUAAAUGCAUGGAUUUUACAGGCAGGGAGGCAAGAGUGUUGAAAUAGGAGGGAUGAACGCUUUCGAAGGCUUUGCAUUUUGUGGCUGUUGCACGGAACAGUAACCUGAAGACCUAAGGUUAUUUUAUCUUAUUGUAUUGGCUACGAGACCCACAUAUUCGCUGCGAGUGGAAAAAAAUAAUUUUACGAAGAAGAAGAAGAUCUGGAACGGGUCCAAGGAGCAGCCAGCCACUCAGCCCGUGGCCGUGACGUUGCAGAGUUUAAAGGGGGUAGGCGAGAAAGAUCGGACAUUGACCGAGCGAAAAGAGGCUCGGGUUGGUGCUUGGGAUUUGUGGGGCGCUCGCUUCCUUGGAAGGGACUGCUACAAAUAUGCUGUUGGCUUCCGCCGUUGUGGUUUGGGAAUGGCUGAACGAACACGGGCGCUGGAGACCCUACAGCCCGGCAGUGAGCCACCACAUCGAGGCGGUGAUUCGGGCCGGGCCAAGAGCCGGGGGGAGCGUUGUCCUAGGCCAGGUGGACAAUCGGCUCUCGCCCUAUAUCAUCGAUCUGCAGUCCAUGCACCAGUUCCGCCAGGACACUGGCACCAUUCGGCCAGUGCGGCGCAGUUAUUAUGACCCCUCCUCGGCACCAGGAAAGGGCGUGGUCUGGGAAUGGGAGAAUGAUAAUGGCACCUGGACACCGUAUGACAUGGAGGUGGGUAUCACCAUCCAGCAUGCCUAUGAGAAACAGCAUCCUUGGAUUGAUCUCACUUCCAUUGGCUUCUGUUACAUCAUUGACUUCAGCACCAUGGGGCAGAUCAACCGCCAGACCCAACGCAAGCGCCGUGUUCGCCGCCGCCUCGACAUGGUCUACCCACUGGUCACCGGUACCUUGCCCAAGUCCCAGUCCUGGCCAGCAAGCCCUGGUGUGGCCAGCACUCCUCCUGCUCCUGCUUGCACUUGUCCACAGUGCCUCCUUGUCAUGAGCAUCAAGGCAGCUGUGGCAGCUGGGAGCAACGGGGGGACUGGAGCUACCGCCAGCCAGCUGCAGCUGCAGCAGCAGCUGCCACAGCCACCACCACGUAAAGCUGUCUCCCUUUCUGGGAGCACCAAACUCCCCAAUCAAGCAUCAGUGCACAAGCCCCAAGAUGGAGCAGCCACCAUGCGCAGUUCAUUGAAGACCCUAGCCUCUCAAGUAAGCCGGAGACAGGCAGCCAGCACACCAGCCCUCACCACAACAGGCUCCCCUGCCAGCCCUCCCAGUGCCAAUGGCAAGGUGACCCGUGCCAGCCUUAAUACACUGAACCGUACCAACCUGCAGCGCUUGGCCAUUGCACAGUCCCGUGUGCUGAUUGCCUCUGGGGUUCCUACAGUUCCUGUGAAAAACCUCAAUGGCUCAAGCCCAGUCAACCCAGCACUGGCAGGAAUCACAGGGAUCCUUAUGAGUGCUGCAGGGCUGCCUGUCUGCCUCACUCGGCCCCCGAAGCUGGUUCUACAUCCCCCUCCUGUAAGCAAGAGUGAAAUCAAAUCCAUUCCUGGGAUCUCCAAUACGUGUCGCAAGACCACCAAAAAACAGACAAAGAAAGGUAAGACUCCUGAGGAAGUACUGAAAAAAUACCUUCAGAAGGUGCGCCAUCCCCCAGAUGAGGACUGUACCAUCUGUAUGGAACGUCUCUCAGCCCCUUCAGGCUACAAGGGACCCCAGCCAGCCAUCAAGCCAGACUUGGUGGGCAAGCUGUCCAAGUGUGGCCAUAUGUACCACCUCCACUGCCUUGUGGCCAUGUACAACAACGGGAAUAAGGAUGGGAGCUUGCAGUGUCCGACCUGCAAAACCAUUUAUGGAGUGAAGACUGGUACACAGCCUCCAGGGAAGAUGGAGUACCAUCUUAUUCCCCAUUCGUUGCCUGGACACCUCGACUGCAAAACCAUCCGAAUUAUCUAUAACAUCCCACCGGGGGUCCAGGGACCGGAACACCCAAAUCCUGGGAAGAGCUUCACUGCCCGGGGUUUCCCUCGACACUGUUACCUCCCGGACAGUGAGAGGGGCAGGAAGGUGCUGAAACUGCUGUUGAUAGCCUGGGACCGGCGCCUGAUCUUUGCUAUUGGCACGUCCAGCACCACCGGCGAGUCGGAUACAGUGAUCUGGAAUGAGAUUCAUCACAAGACAGAAUUUGGGUCCAACCUGACUGGCCACGGCUACCCUGACCCCAACUACCUAGACAAUGUGCUGGCUGAGUUGUCCAUUCAGGGCAUCACAGAGGAGAGUGUGGCUCAGGAAAAGGAUUGAGAGUGUGGGAGGAGGGGGGAAGGGCCUUGCCCUGGGGGCGGAGCUAUAAGUCUAGCAGUAUUCCAUGGAUCGAGCUCCCUCCCUCUUCCACUGUGCCUGCUCUGUCCUCUCCGACUCCUGGUGCUGCCCAUCCAGCAGUUUGCUUAGGGGCUUGCUCCGAUGAGAAGCCACCGGCCGGCACCCAUGCGGCCUACAGCACUUGGCUACUGGGAGCAAACACACCUGGAGUUUCCCCCCAGUUCAUCUUGGGCAUGAGGCAAAGUGUCCUAAUGAAGCCUGAGGUUACAUUAACCUCAGCAGCCAAAGCGGCUUUAAGUUUUAGCUCAGACACCUAGCCUUGUUCCUCCUUGGGGUAUGGUGGCGUAUUUGUGUGGGGAAAUUAGGAACCCACUUUAAAUUCUGUGGAAAACAAAGCAUGCCUUGGGGGCAGGCAGCCCCGUAAGGCAUCUGUGGUGGACCACUUGGGAGCUAAGAAGGCAGCUUCAUUCCUGAGAAGGCACUGAGGAUGAAAACCAGCCCUAGUCUCUCUCUCUCCCUCCCUCCCUCCCUCUCUGCUAGGUGCCUGGUUCCAUGUUGUCGCGUCACUGCUACUUUCAUGUUGUGGGCUCAUUGUGAGUCGGAAAUGUGCUGUUUGCUGGUCUGGUAUUCCCCCCACCCCACCCCUGCCUCCAGUUAUCUCACACAUUCCAAGGCUGCCUCCCUAGUCCUUUUCUUCCAAAUUAGCUAAAAAGCAGGCCUGCUGCUUAUUGCUAGGAUCUGAUCCCUUCACUUUGAUACAUUCCAAACUAGGUCAGCUGUAUGCAAGUCUCCAUGAUCCAAAAUGGAGAAGAGCAGAGCAGAAUAAAUCUAUUUAGUUGGUAUCUGGACUGAACUCAAGCCGAGGCAGUGAACCUCUUUUUUCUCUCAUAUUGCUGUAUCCGAAACGGACUUAUUCCUGCCUCCAAACCAAGUCAGAACGGCCCUUGCUCCAGUGGCGGGCUCUGCCAUACCCAGCUGGGCUUCUUGAUGCAAUACUGGCUUGGUUAGAGUUUAGUUCAAGUCUCUCUGUCUCUUUGCAUUUGCUUAAUUCCAGACCAGUACAGAGCCAUGUACCUUGACCUCUCUUUCUGUUUGUGAAUUGCAUCCCAGGGGAUUGUUUUUGUCUGUUGUGGGUUAGAAUGAGUGGAGAUAUGGGGUUGAAGUUGAAAGAGACACUGACUGUUUUUGCCUCAUACACUCCAAGGUGGGUUCUUUGAACUUUUUGUAUGGGGAAGUCCCCUGGAUUGAAUUUAUUUACCUCAUGUUUUGAGGGUUUGUCGUAUAUAUGUGUAUAAUAUAUACAUAUACAUAUAUAUUUGUAAUGUAUGAGAAGGACUUCGAAGCUAGGAUGUGUAACAAAAUGGUACUUAAGUUAGACCUGGAGGCUAAGCGCAAUUGUUGCUGCAGAUAGCCAUGGUACAGAGAUAAGACUAGUGGCCAUUUUGUAAUGGCUGCACCAAGAAUACAUUGGUCCAUAUUUCCCCCCACCCGUGGCCCCAUAUUUUAAUUAAUACCUUGACUUUUUUGAAUCUUAACAACCCAUGUGAAAUCUCUGUGGGGCAGGCUCGGGUGAGGAAAUAAAGGGAUGGGAUAAGGUUAGAACGAAUGCACGUGAGAAUAGAAAGGGGCAUGUUUGUGGAGCUGACUGACUGCAUGCUUGUCAUGGUGGUGGUAGCAGGGUGGGUGAAUGAGGAGGAGCCCGGAGGCAUCACAGGGGUUGUUAAUUCUUCAGCAUUCAUUUAAAGUUCUUACUAAAAAAAUUCCGGGACUCCUGACUGGACAUCCUCCCCUCUUUUGUAUCAGCACAAGUCAAAAGAAGUUAACAUGGGUGUUAACAUGUCAAUAUGCUUACCUUCCACUGAAAAUGUAAGUGUGCUUCAAAAAUCAAUCCUUUUCAGCCAGGGGUAGGCAACCUUUGGCACACAAGCUGUUCUUGAACUACAACUCCCAUCACCCCCAGCCAAAGGUUGUCUACCCCUGAUUUAGGCCCUUGCAGAGGAGCUAAAACCAUGUCCCAGUUGCCGCUUCCCCAGUUUUGUGUGCCUCCCUGAGACCAAAUUCAUCUUCUGGACUUCCUUUACUUCUUAAUGACCCCUUCUUAACAAGGGGUCAGGGGAUAUCAGCCAGUCUUAAGGACCCUGAUAUUCAUCGUAUAUGUAAGCCCAUAGAUAUUUCCAUUUUCAGUAGAGCUGACUGGGUAUUUCACUGUUCAGAUUCACAAUCACAUGUAUCUUCCCCUUCUGGGAACUGAUCUCCUUGAGUGGUUGUCUUGUUGGAGAACAGAGUAUCCCCUUAGGAACACGUUUUCCCACUCCUUUUGAACUUUUAAAGCAGCAGCCUCUUUUCCCAAAUAACCAUGGCGUUUCCUCAAAUAUGGCUUAGCCUCCAGGAUAGGGGAGAGGUUUUGGAGGAUGACCUUCCAGCCACUGUCAAAGGGAGCCAAUCUGCCUCUUAUUUUUCUUUGUUUUGGCUGCUUUAUUUCCUCUUUGAACUCUCCAGCUGUUGGUAAUUUUAUACUUCAUAGAGAAUGACCAGCCUGAUGUGACGCUGUCAUGGGGAAGAAGAUGGGGAGGAUCUCUUCCCCUUCGUCUUUGUCAUGUCCCAAAGCAGGUUGUGUGGGUGCUGGUAGUGGUAUUGGGGGUGGGAGGGCAGGGGUGGGGUGGGGUGAGCCAUGCUGUAUAUUGUUCGUUGGUUGUUUGUGAACGGUGCGUUUUGCCCGUCUCUAGUUUGUUGCAUUGCGUGAGGAUGGCACCCUUGGGGUGUAACAAUAAAAGGAAAUCUCCACUGCCA